AUGUCAGCCUUAACCAUGACCACGACACUAACCAAUGGACACCUUAACGGGAAAUUGGAGAACGGCUUAAAUGGUUACCGGAAGAAUGGUUAUGUCAAAUCAGAAAUGCCGGGUUCAAGUUCACUACGAACAGCAGCACCCUUCAGCACGGAUCCUGCAGCGGUAGCAGAGAGGGACAGAUGUACAUACGGCCGCAUACCCAGAGCAACCGCGCUAGCUGGCACAGCAUCCCGAAAAGUGCGUGUAUACUCUGAUGGCAUUUACGAUAUGUUCCACCAGGGACACGCCAGACAGUUGCAGCAAGCGAAAACCGUAUUUCAUAAUGUAUAUCUCAUUGUUGGAGUUUGCAACGACCAACUUACACACAGCCGAAAGGGGCGCACGGUGAUGACAGAAGACGAGAGGUACGAGGCCGUCCGACACUGCAGAUAUGUUGAUGAGGUAGUACGAGACGCGCCGUGGGAGUAUGACGAAGAUUUUUUAGAGAAACACAAAAUUGACUUCGUAGCACACGACGACAUCCCGUACACGACUGAAGACUGCGAGGACACAUACGCUAUGAUCAAGGCCAAGGACAUGUUUGUCGCUACAGAGAGGACGGAAGGUGUUUCAACGUCAGACAUCGUAGCGCGGAUAGUGCGGGACUACGACAUCUACGUGAGGCGGAACCUCGCCAGAGGGUACUCGGCCAAAGAGCUCAACGUGUCCUUCCUAAAUGAAAAGAAGUUCCGGUUACAGAAUAAAAUGGACGAGCUCAAAGACAAAGGAAAGAAAGUAAUGACAAACAUAGGCGAGAAGCGAGUGGAUAUACUAACGAAAUGGGAGGAGAAGUCGCGCGAGCUGAUCGACGCGUUCCUGCUGCUGUUCGGGCCGGACGGGCGGCUGUCCAACAUCUGGAACGAGUCGAAGGGGCGGCUCAUGCAGGCGCUGAGCCAGCCGCCGUCGCCGCGCGCGUCGCCGCCGCCCAGCGACGCGGACGACGCGGAUGACGGGGACGACGCGGACGCGGACCACUCGCCCACGCAUAGAGGGUCCGCAUCACCGCCGCCGCCCAAGUCACGCCGCUGCGACGCGCUGUGGGAGCUCGAAGCAGAUGAAUCGAGCUCUGAACGCAUGGGGCGCUCAGAAGAGGCCACACAGCGCCAGCUGACGGACGACGGCUCGGACAGCGACGAGGAGUAUCAGGACACCAGCCCGUACCUC